AUGGAAGUUUUGCAUCAAUUAACUAGUAAUCACACUUCAAGUUUAUCUAGUUUGAUAAAUACCCAUCCUACUGCAUUUUCUUCAAUUUUGAAAGAAGUUGAUGUUGCUCAUCAUAGUUUGAAUUAUAUUGAAAAAUUAUGGGCUUCAUAUUAUAUCUAUAUGAAUAAUGAUAUUUUAGCUACUGGAUUAUUAUUUUUUAUUACUCAUGAAUUAAUGUAUUUUGGUAGAUGUUUACCAUGGUUUAUUAUUGAUAAAACUCCAUGGUUUAAUCGUUAUAAAAUUCAACCUAAUAAAAUCCCAACUAAUCAAGAACAAUGGGAAUGUUUUAAAACCGUUUUAAAACAACAUUUCCUUGUUGAAGCUUUACCAAUUUGGUUAUUCCAUCCAUUAUGUGCUAAAUUGGGUAUUACAUAUGAUGUUCCAUUCCCAGGUUGGAAAGUUCAAGCUAUGCAAAUUGUAAUUUUUUUCAUUUGUGAAGAUUUUUGGCAUUUUACAUUCCAUAGUUUAUUCCAUCAAGGUUGGUUUUAUAAAAAUAUUCAUAAAGUUCAUCAUAAAUAUGCUGCUCCAUUUGGUUUAGCAGCAGAAUAUGCUCAUCCAGUUGAAGUUAUGGCUUUAGGGGUUGGUACAGUAGGGUUCCCAAUCUUAUAUGCUUAUUUAGCUACGGUUUAUACUAAUAUGCCACCACUUCAUUUAUUCACUUUGACUACUUGGAUUGUUUUAAGAUUAUUCCAAGCCGUUGAUUCUCACUCUGGUUAUGAUUUCCCAUGGUCAUUAAAUAAAUUUUUCCCACUUUGGGCCGGUGCUGCUCAUCAUGAUGAACAUCAUCAUUAUUUCAUUGGAAAUUACGCUAGUUCUUUCACUCUUUGGGAUUGGCUUUUCCAAACUGAAUGUGGUUCUUAUGCUAAAAAGAGAAGAGAAAGAAAUAGUAAAGCUAGUGCUGAAAGCAAACAUAAAAAAACUUUAUAG